UGGGGGGGGGGGUUGGUCGACUUAGAAAAUUGGGCCAUAUGCAUUGGGGCUUGGGCCCAGAUCUUUUUAGGCCCUAGCAAUGCCCCUGCAAAGAUCCCAGCUCUCCUCCACCAUGUACUUCAGAGAUUCUAGCUCCCCUCAACCAUAUACUACAGAGUUCCCAGCUUCCAUCCACCGUGUGCUACACAGAUCCUAGCUCCUGUCCACCCAGAACCCCAGAGAUCCCAGCUCCCCUCCAUCAUGUACCACAGAGAUCCCAGCUCUCCUCCAUCAUGUACCACAGAGAUCCAAGUCUCCUCCACCAUGUACCACAGAGAUCCCAGCUCUCCUCCAUCAUGUACCACAGAGAUCCCAGCAAUCCUCCACCAUGUACUAUAGAGAUCCCAGUUCCCCUCCACCAGGACCCCCCAGAGAUCUCAGCUCCCCUAGACAUAGACGUAUUAUGGAUGACUUAUAUAUUAUUUUACAGAACAGUAGUGGCUGGCAUCUUAGUCCAAGCACACAGUCUCCUGGCAACAUCAAGCAGAGGGUCCAGCUUCUGUCCUAGAAACCGUUGCCUGGAAACCAGGUAUCCUAGCAACUGGCAUGUGAGAGGCUGGUUGGUUUCCUAGCAACAAAGAAAGGCAUAUUUGUAUCCUAGGAAUGGUCAGAUUAGCGCCAAAGUUGAGCUAUGGAAGACAUUGACAGGAAGAAAAAUAGCUCCUUCCUCAAUCUAUCCAACAUGUCCGGCCUGGGCUCAGUAGUCCAGAUAUUGAUAUUACUAUGAGUCCUGGCCAAGAGAGUCCCUGUCAGAGUUAGUGGCAAAGACUUGUAGGUUCUUGAACUGAACUUGCUGGGACUGAGAUCCUAAGAUUGUGUGUCUAGACCACCGCAUUCCACCAAAGACUAUCCAUGUUCAGUAAGACCACCAGUGUCCACCAUAGGCAAGUUCAGUCCACCAAAGACGACUACAGUGUACCGUAGUCCAGAUAAUUCUUCUCUUCCUUGUAUCAUUGUCCUUCUUGAUUAAAUCUUCAAUUGUAAUGAAACCACCACCCCAGGAUCUAUAAGAUGUCUGCUCCUCACACUUUACUCUGAUUUGGACCUUCAUCUUUCAAGGGUUGGUCAAGAUGUGGCCUCCUCUCAGGACCAAGGUGGACACCUGCAAAUGAAACCGUCAAAUUCUUGGCUACACCUGCAUUUGCAGACAUGACAUUGUCCUUCUCAGAAGAAGAAUUGCUGGAACUUGCCACAUGGCAGAAAGAACUGUAUAGGACGGUCAUGAGGGACACCAUGGAACUGGUCACUUCUCUGGGUUAUAUGUUCCUGAAGAGGGAAGAGCCAGAGCUGAGGGACAGUCUAAAGACAAAGAAGACUGAACAUGAGGACAACAUCCACAUACCAGAGACCCCAGUGACUCUGGAAAAGGUACCAUCUUCUGGUGAAGCCUUCAAGUCUCCAUGCUCACAGAUGUCUUCACCUCCCAUGGUUCUUCCACAUACCAAGACAACAGUCAUCCAGAAACAUCUAGAAGAUUCCUUCACUAAGAAACUACCUUUGACCUCUGGAGCAGAGAAGACUUUAGGAGAAGAAAAGCCUAAUCAUACUGAUCCAGAGAUGGCCUUUUUCCAUGUGAUGGUACCAGAAAGUAAUGACAUAUCCCUAAUGACCAGUCAGUGGACAGAGGUUACAACAGGAAGAUUUGAAGAUGCUUCCAGUCCCUUCUUUGUCUCUGAUAUGGGCCUUUGUGCAUCUAGUGUUGAUAUGUUCACAGAGAGGGAUCGGCAGGUAAACCAGGAUCGCCUUCCAGAUUCAGAGCUCCUGACAGACCUUAAGGUGGAGGAGAUAAAUGUUGCUAUUGAAAGUGAAGUAGUGUCCCCCCAUAGAGAUAGAUGGGCAAUCCAUCCAGAUUACUAUAAGAGAGAUGAGCGCCAGGACAUCCAGGGGGAAGCCGUGUUCCCUCUGGCGCUCACCAGUCCUCACAACACAACCAAUUAUUACUUACCAUGGACACAAAACUUGGGGGUACUCUCUCCAGGGACACUAGAGUGGACCGAGCAGACUUCCUCCGUUAGUGGUCAGUGUGUGGAGGAAGGACAAGCGUGGGUACCUCUGGCUGACCAGCAGAUGUCUACACAGGAAUCUCCAUCCACUGAAAACUUCUAUACAUGUUCUAUGUGCAGUAGAAGCUUCUUACAGGGUAUGGACCAUCACGAGUGGCUGCAGGUUGAGGAUAAGAUGUUCACCUGUACCACAUGUUACAGCCAUCUGAUCAAUGACCAACAUCUGCCAGACCCUCCCCAACAGAGGCACCUUCACCCCAGAGAUGGACAAAUCGGAGUAACGGACUCCACAUAUCAGCAAUCACAGGAUAAGCAGAACUUCACGUGUCCAAAGUGUAACCGCAGUUUCUCACAGUUCAUUGGACUCCAGCGACACCAGAAAACUCAUUCUCGUAUCAAGACCUCAACAAAAGGUAUGGCCUCUCCCCUGAAGAAGGUCUACAGAGGAGAGCACGGGAAGGUGAAGCCUACAACACACUCGUCAGGAGAGGCCUACUCAAAGCUGCACCGACACCUGCAGCUCUCCACCGCUUUCCUCCAGCAGCUCAUCACAUCCACCUGUGGAUUCCAGUACGACUAAGCGCUAGAAGGACUAGAAAUUGGCUGGAAAACUGAGCACAAAGAGGAACGCUGUUAUCGGAGGCAGUCCCUUUUUGUUAAGGUCUCUUGUCCACAAUAAAGGCACCCAGUGUUCUCAG